CCGGGCUGCCCUAUUCCGCUCCGACCACCUCUCGCAUCUCUUGCUCAGGCCGUGGGCACGAAGCCUAGAUACGGUGGUGGGGCCACCGCUCCCGGCACCACGGAGGGUGCGCGGUGCGGCCAAAGAAAGUGUGCACUUGGUACGAUCCACACUGAGCCCCGCCGGAAGUGAGGUGUCUCACCCCCGAAGUUCCGGCUCGCAGGGGGUGGGGAGUGUUGUUAACCGGAGCCGCCUCCGCAGUCGCGGGCAUCGAGCUGGCUCGCGGCGCUGGGCUCCUGGUGAGUCGGCCGGGGUCGGGCCCGGGUUGUGGUUGGGAGUCGGGACCUGGGCCCUCCCCUUGAGGGCUCCGGGGUCGGCGCGGCCCCUCAGCCCGGCUCGCAGCUGUCAGCUGGCCGUAGACCUCAGGCGCCCGCGCGGCCGCUCUCCAGAGGCUGGGCCCCGCCUGCGACGUUCGCAGCUCCUGGCGAUCACAGGUCUCCAGGCCAGGGCAAUGUUCCGCACCGCAGUGAUGAUGGCGGCCAGCCUGGCGCUGACUGGGGCCGUCGUGGCUCAUGCCUACUACCUCAAGCACCAGUUCUACCCCACUGUGGUGUACUUGACCAAGUCCAGCCCCAGCAUGGCAGUCCUCUACAUCCAGGCCUUUGUCCUUGUCUUUCUCUUGGGCAAAGUGAUGGGCAAGGUGUUCUUUGGACAGUUGAGGGCCGCAGAGAUGGAGCACCUUCUGGAACGUUCCUGGUAUGCUGUCACUGAGACUUGUCUGGCCUUCACCGUCUUUCGGGACGACUUCAGCCCCCGCUUUGUUGCACUCUUCACUCUCCUUCUCUUCCUCAAGUGUUUUCACUGGCUGGCUGAGGACCGUGUGGACUUUAUGGAACGCAGCCCCAAUAUCUCCUGGCUCUUUCACUGCCGCAUUGUCUCUCUUAUGUUCCUCCUGGGUAUCCUGGACUUCCUCUUCGUCAGCCAUGCCUAUCACAGCAUCCUGACCCGUGGGGCCUCUGUACAGCUGGUGUUUGGCUUUGAGUACGCCAUCCUGAUGACUAUGGUGCUCACCAUCUUCAUCAAGUAUGUACUGCACUCUGUGGACCUCCAGAGCGAGAACCCCUGGGACAACAAGGCCGUCUACAUGCUCUACACGGAGCUGUUCACAGGCUUCAUCAAGGUUUUGCUCUACAUGGCCUUCAUGACCAUCAUGAUCAAGGUGCACACCUUCCCUCUCUUUGCCAUCCGGCCUAUGUACCUGGCCAUGAGGCAGUUCAAGAAGGCUGUGACAGAUGCCAUCAUGUCUCGCCGAGCCAUCCGCAACAUGAACACGCUGUAUCCAGAUGCCACCCCGGAGGAACUCCAGGCAAUGGACAAUGUCUGCAUCAUCUGCCGAGAAGAGAUGGUGACUGGUGCCAAGAGACUGCCCUGCAACCACAUUUUCCACACCAGCUGCCUGCGCUCCUGGUUCCAGCGGCAGCAGACCUGCCCUACCUGCCGUAUGGACGUCCUCCGGGCAUCACUGCCGACCCAGUCACCACCGCCCCCGGAACCUGCGGAUCAGGGGCCACCGCCAGCUGCUCAUCCCCCACCACUUCUGCCGCAGCCCCCCAACUUCCCCCAGGGCCUCCUGCCUCCCUUUCCUCCAGGCAUGUUCCCGCUGUGGCCCCCCAUGGGCCCCUUCCCACCUGUCCCACCUCCCCCCAGCUCAGGAGAGGCUGUGGCCCCUCCAUCCACCAGUGCAGCAGCCCUUUCUCGGCCCAGUGGAGCAGCCACCACCGCUGCUUCUGCAGCCUCUGCCUCGGCGCCCGCCCCUGGCUCCGCCCCAGCCCCUGAGGCCGGCCCCACCCCAGGCUUCCCCUUCCCGCCCCCCUGGAUGGGCAUGCCCCUGCCUCCACCUUUUGCCUUCCCCCCGAUGCCCGUGCCCCCUGCGGGCUUUGCUGGGCUGACCCCAGAGGAGCUGCGGGCUCUGGAAGGCCACGAGCGGCAGCACCUGGAGGCUCGGCUGCAGAGCUUGCGCAACAUCCACACGCUGCUGGAUGCCGCCAUGCUGCAGAUCAACCAGUACCUCACCGUGCUCGCUUCCUUGGGGCCCCCCCGGCCUGCCACCUCAGUCAGCCCCACUGAGGAGACUGCCCCUGCAGUUGUCCCUACUGCCCCCCCCACCAGCAUCCCCAGCUCUGAGACUACCACCCCAUCCCCAGGAGUCUCCCCACCAGCCCCUGAGCCUGAAAAGCCUCCAGCUCCUGAGUCAGUAGGCACAGAGGAGCUACCUGAGGAUGGGGAGCCAGAUGCAGCAGAGCUCCGUCGCCGCCGCCUGCAAAAGUUGGAGUCCCCUAUUGCCCACUGACACUACCCCAGUCCUACCCCUGCCUCCACUCUCUUGAGCAGCCCUUGCUGUAACACAUCCUGCCACCAAGUGCCCGCUCCCUGUCUAAUGUGCACCAGGGAGUAACGACCCCCAGCUCUGAGACAAAGGAGGUGGCAUCCCCUAGGCCAAGUGGAAAGAUGCCUGAGGCCCCAGUUGACCCCAGCCCUUCCAGACCCGGGCAGCCAUGGGGAUCUCGGGUCCGUUCCAGCCUUUCUCUCCCACCCUUCAGCCUGUUCCACUGGGGCCGUGAAGGCAGGAGGCGCACCGCAGUCUCUGGGAGAAGGGGCAGCCCCUCCAGGCCCCACUUUGUGUGUGAGUGAAGUCGCUUCAGUGCUAAACAGUAUUAGCUCCCCAAUCCCAUGUGUGAACUUAAGGGGCUGGAGGCAGGCCAGGAACUUGCUCCCUGGGCCACCCGCCAAGACUGGUACUGCUGUCCCUUUUCUUACCCUAAACUCCCCAGAAUCCUCUGUGAUGGUGGCUGUGUCACUUACACCCUGUGGUGUUUCCACGUCUUGCAAUCGCACAGCUCAGGGAAAGGAGGGCCUGGGGGUGGAGGAGCGGGGGCGCAGCACGAGGUGCCCUGCCCCUUCCUCCAGGUCCCCCUCUCCCUGCAGUUUGUCUAUCAAGUGAGACCAUUCCUCCUCUCACCCAGCAACCACUGCCCAGCCUCACGCCAGGCUGAGGGCUCAUGUGUCUGCUCCUGAACCACUGCAAGCCCCAGAAUCUGUGGAAGGCCACUUCUCAACUUAACAGAACUUCUCUUGAGUUUAGAAGAAUUGGAACUACUUCCUUGUCUUUUGGCUUAAUUUUGUCUUUAACUUGAAUGCUUGAUCCUAGGAAAGAGGAGCAAGAAUGUCAGGCUCCUGGUUUUUCCAGUUGAGAAAAGGCACUGGGCCAGGUAGGGACCACAGGAGCCGAGGCCCGCCUGCCCCCGUCUUUUUUUCCCUCAGUUCUGUGUUACAAGAGUUGCUGGAGACAGUUUCAGAUGAUUAUUUAAUUUGUAAAUAUUGUACAAAUUUUAAUAGCUUAAAUUGUAUAUACAGCCAAAUAAAGACUCGCGUUAAUGACUGGUGGAGCUGGUGUCACAG